ACGCCUGAUGACCCAGUGCCCGCUGUCAUGCCUGGUGACCCGAUGCCCGCUGGCGAGCCAAAUGACCUGAUGCCUGAUGACCCGGUGCCCGCUGUCGAUCCAGACGAUCCGGUACCUGAUGACCCGGUGCCCACUGUCGUGCCAAUUGACUCAGAGCCCACUGUCGUGCCUGGUGACUCGGUGCCCACUGCCUUGCCAGAUGACGCAGUGCCCGCUGUCGAGCCAAAUGACCUGAUACCUGUCGCCCCUCCUGGGGGCCCGGUGCCUGCCGCUCCCGCCUGAGGGGCCCGGCGCCCGCCGCUCCGCCUGGGGGCCCGGCGCCCCGCCGCUCUGCCUGGGGGCCUGAUGCCUGUCGCUCCGCCUGGUGGCCCGGUGCCUGCUGCUCCGCCUGGUGGCCCGGUGCCUGCUGCUCCGCCUGAUGGCCCGGUGCCUGCUGCUCCGCCUGGUGAUCCGGUGUCUGCUGCUCCGCCUGGUGGCCCGGAGUCCAGCCCGAUGUGCCGCUGCCCGGAGUCCCCGAUGCCCGAUGUGCCGCUGU